GACUACAUGCCGUAGUCGCCAUAAAAGUAGAUACACCUACCACCCAACGAAAAAAACGUCAGAUUUGAGAGGAAGUAAAAAUGAGAAGACAGGGAAACUUUGCGGACUCAUCACCUGCCAGUGGAUAUGGAGCUGGACAGAUACAGGACGCCCAUUCUGAUUUCCAAGGUCAAUUAGAGGCAUUCACGCCUGAGAGGGAUCAGCCCUAUUCAGAUUCACAAGCAGAGGGUCAAUGGAGAUGGGAAAGAGAUGGCCCAAAUAUGUCAAGGCCAAUGGCUACUGCCGUUUACAAUGAAGGACAACAAGGUGUUGAUUCAUCGAGGACGUAUUACCGUGGCCAAAUGGAUCCAAAGUCAGGAAUGGAGAAGCAAGGCAGCGAUACCAGAACUCAACCACAACACCAAGAAAAUCCAAAGACUGGUUAUGAUAAUAACCGUGGGGUGCAGACAUUUGAAGGUCUUGAACAGAAGUUCAUGGAUGAUAUAACAAGACUAGCAAAAGAUCAAAUCGAAGCAGAGGAUGCAGAGAUUGCCAGACAUCGAGAGAAAAUAAGCACCAUAAAUACUCGAUACGAAGAACAGUUAGCUACACUCAGAGCACGACACACAGGUAAGAGAGAAGAGAUCAUGAGAAAAGAAUCACAAGCUAGGCAGCAACAAUACAAGCAGCAAACCAUGGGGAUGAUGGAACCGUACCAUCCAAACGCGGUUGGUCCAGCCAAUCUAAUGCCAUCUGGUCAUCCCCAAGGUUACAUUGGCAGUGCUCAAGAUCCAGCGGCUGUAGCGGAUGCACCAUCAAGAUCAUAUGGCUCAGAUCGGUUUGAAGCAUACGGAGAGAGAGCUAGGUUUCAGGGCGGAAAUAGAGAUCACGGGUUCGAGCCUAGGGGUCAGUACCCUGGUGGGACUGUCUAUGACACUGCAUCACGGUUCUACUAAUGUGAUAUUUACUUGAACAUAUUGUGUUUUAGGGGAUUCACUCCCACUUUUUUGGCUUUAUAGAUCAAAAUUAAGCUUUUUAGACUAUCCGGAAUUUGCAAAUGAAAUCAGGAAUCCUUUUUUAUAUCCUGACGAGAGCAUUUUAGAAUCUAUUCAUUGUUGUACUAUUUAAAGUAAUUACUGUACUUAUGCACUUUCCAAAUAAAAAUUAGAAAAUUUU